ACCGGUUAAAUACAUAGUCUGCUAUUUUUAUUUCUUUUCGCAUCUAACGUAUUUUCCAGCCAGAGUUACUAUGAACUGAAAUCUCCAUAUUCGUUUUUAAAAUCAACUUUGUUGUUAAUUGGGUUAGCAUUCAAAUAUGGACAAAAUAAGUGCAGCGAUUCGACGAUAUAAUUCAAACUUCAACUUGUUGGCUGUUACACGUGGUCCUAUACUUGUAACUUUAUCAGUCUCAUGUCAUCUCCCAAUGUGAAACCCAACUCGCUUCGAUACCAACUAAUAAAAGAAAUAUUUAAGCAUUAUUUCAAUGCAGCAAAUUUCUCGUCAUAUAAUUAACUUGGCUGGCCAAUCGGCAUUCAAAUUUUGGAAGACUGCCCCAGUAAAACAAAAGAAAUAUUGGUGUCAUCUGUUGAUCACGUUGUCAACAUCCUCUACUUGUUUGUAUUGCCGCCAGAGGAUUUGCACAACCAUGUCAGUCCGAUUAUUCAGUUUAAAAACACACUCCAUGGAACACGAUUCUUCUAAAGAAAUUGGAUCAAAUUACAGAAAAACAUAUGAAGAUGCCAUUGUAAAGCUAAACCUUUUGCAAGCUAAUAAAUCUCAAGAUCCUGAAGCCAAAUUGAACUUUGUCAGAUCAUGUUUGACUGACAUUAAUUUAACUUUAGGAGACUUGGACAAAUUAUCGGUGAUUCACAUAGCUGGAACCAAAGGCAAGGGGUCAACUUGUGCUUACACUCAGAGUAUUUUACAUCAUAAAGGCUACAAGACUGGAUUUUUUAGUUCUCCACACCUGAUUGAAGUUCGUGAAAGAAUCCGUAUCAAUGGGGCUCCUCUUUCAAAAGAGGAUUUCACAAAGUAUUUUUGGAUUUGCUAUGACCAGCUAUUGGAAAAAAAGGAACAAAUGCCAUCAUAUUUUCAAUUCCUCACAUUGAUGGCUUUUUAUGUUUUCCAUAAAGAAGAUGUAGAUGUGGCAGUCAUUGAAGUUGGCCUUGGUGGUCUUUAUGAUUGUACUAACAUUGUUGAAAACCCAGUAGUAUGUGGAAUUACACAUCUAGGUAUUGACCAUGUAAAUGUACUUGGUAAUACUUUAGAGAGCAUUGCAGCACAUAAAGCUGGUAUUUUCAAGACAGGUUCCAUUGCUGUUACUGCUCCUCAGAAAGAAGCUGCCAUGAAAGUUUUGAAGCAGACUGCCACAGAUAAAAAGUGUCGUUUGUAUUUAUCGCCUCCAUUUUCAUCUUAUGAGAUAGUCAAAGAAAAUCCUGCAUUUUACAAUAAAGAACCAUUUGAGCAUGAAAAUAUGGCAUUAGCUAUUCAAUUAUCUAGGAUAUGGAUGGAUCAAAACAACAGAGGAGACACAACUUGCAAAGUUGCAUUGGAAGAAUUUGAAGACUGUAAGGAAACCAUUCCUGUUCUUGACCCUGUUGUUGAAGAUGUUAAUAAAAUCAUUGAAGCUCUUACAUCAAACCAAUGGUUGGGACGUGUACAGGUUGUAAAAAGACACAACAUAACUUAUUAUCUUGAUGGUGCUCAUAAUGAAGACAGUAUAAAGUUGUGCUGUGAAUGGUUUAAGAAAAAGUCAGCAGAAGAGAUCAGAUUUUUAUCUGAUAACCAAAAAGUGGUGAAAAUUUUGAUGUUUAAUAUCACAGGGGCACGAAACUCUCUUGCUUUACUGGAUCAUCUAAUGGAGUGUAACUUUGAUCUGGCUGUCUUUACCCCCAAUAUAUGCUACAGUGAGGAAGUUUUAUGUGAUCAAUUAAAGCUUGCUGUUACUACACAGGAUGCCAAAAAAGUUUGCCAGACAAAUGAAAAUUUCUGGAGAAAUCUUCAGUGUAACAGAAGCUCUGGAGAUAAAGACAAAUUUCUUAACAAUAAUAAAUAUAAUGAACCUAAUCAACAACCAAAUUCAGGUGUCUUAGCAGAAUCUGAAACGCAUGUUUUUGAAAGUAUCCAUGACUGCAUAUUUUGGUGUAGUCAAGGCAAAGAUAAAGCUUUAGAUAAAUCUCUCUCUAUUAAAUCCUCAAUGCCGCCAAUACUGGAAGAAGCUGAUCAUGUCCAAAUCUUAGUAACUGGUAGCCUUUACUUAGUAGGAGGUGUUCUUACAAUAUUUAAAGACUCUGAAGCACUAAUCGCAAUAUAAAUUCUGCUUUCUCCAGUUUUCUAAUACUAAAUGGUAUGUAUGCCACAGAACUUUCUAUGAACAUUUCUGAAAGACAAAUACAAAGGUGUUUGAUAUUGAAACAGAGAAUAUGUUGAAUAUUAUAAUAAAGCACACUUGAUUGCAUAGUUUGACACCAUGCAAUGUUUAUGACAGAAUGUUUAAAAUAGAUAGAUGUUUAUAUUGAAUGAUAGUGUACUGAACAUAAUAUAUUUGAUGAUGUAUGAAGUAGUCAAGUGCUAAAAUAGUUCUUCAGUAUACCUAUAAAUUUUACAGAACUUGUGCAAGUAUACUUAUAAAUUUUACAGAACUUGUGCAAUUGACACAUAUCAAUUUAUUUAAAAACUAUUUUUUAGUGUAAAAACCACUCGAGAUACUUUGAAGUGUCUAGUUUAACUUAUCUAGCUGAUUGAAAUGAAGUGUCUUAUCUUUAUUAUAAUGGAGCUUAUGUAAGUAUAUCUAUGCAUGUAACUGAAACCUGACCAGCCUUUCAUCUUAUUACCUCUCACACUCUCCCUAUGAACUUCACACCACCUCUUACUCCAACCACUUCCCUUAAGGCAUGACAGAAGUAGUGUAAGAGAGAGAAAGGAGUUGUUAUCUAGCAGAUAAGAGUAUUAUGUGGCUUGCCUGCUAUAUUGCUGUCUAACAAUAUUCACAUACCAUGUAAGGUGCCAUCAAUGUAAGCUAGCUGUUUUGGUAUUUGUCAAGAGAGCUUCUUGAUGGUCAUUUUAUUUUAUUAGUAGUAAUGAUGAUGGAUGAAGAGAAAACAUUUAUAUUACACUGUUACUGUUGUUUCUGAAUGUGGUUCCAGUGUUGAUAAUGUAAUACUCAUCUCUAUUUAUUCCAACAGAAUAAAUGGUCAGAUAUAUGCAUAAUAUUGGGAUUUUUGCAACUGUUGUUCUUAUAGACACACAAUACUUACAUAUAUCCAGAAAAAUUACUAGAGCCAUUUUACCACUGAUUAGAAAGGAUAUCAAAUUUAGCUACUUGGCAAAGUAAUUCGUGUAAAAUGUCUCUUUUGAAUUAUUUUAACCAAGCAAGCAAGAGAAUUGAUGACAGAAGCUCAAAAAUAUAUUUAAGUGAGUCAUGCCUUGUUAUAUAAUUUAUAUCUUAGAGUGGUUUCCAGCUACAUAUACAAUGUACAUUUUAUUACGUAACUCAUUCAUGAUGUUUGAUUAUAUGUACAUAGAGAAUAGAUUGGAUUAUAAGCAGUACGGUAUUCAAGACUUUGUUUUCCUAAUUUGUCAUGGUUGUACUAAUUUAGUGUUUGUUUGUGUAAAACAUGAAAUUAGACAAAAUGUGAUUUGGCUCCACAUGUGUGAGACAGGAAUUAUAAAAGUACACAUGGAGUGUGGACUUUUAAGCUAGCUGCUGUGGAGGGCUAAUUGGGCCUGCAGCCCAAAACUGAAGAGAGCAAUAAUAAUAAAGCAUUUAUUGGUACCCUACCAAUAUGGUAUUUCUUUAAAUUUAGUUUAAAUGAAAAACUUGUAAGGUCAUAAAUUUUUGGAGUUCUUUUAAAAUUUGAAUUUUCAACUGUUAGCAUAAACCAAAUCCUCAUCCAAACCUGAUCACAAUGCUGGAUGUUUAAGAACCAAAAGAAGAGCACAUUUUCAAUCCUGGGAUCAUCCUGAUUCCACAAAGGUAUCAUAUAUCUA